CUGCGCAGUCCAAACCGCAUAGGGAGGUGAGGUUGCCGUUGGUUGCACGCAAAACUGGGACAAUUCUAGAAGAGUUUUUGUGGACCCCGAUCCGUCGUUUCAUAAAUCCAAAAUCCUUAUAAAUCGUGCUCUUCGUCUACCGAAAAUCGCCAGGUCGUCUCUUGUUCAGCUCAUCUCCUCUUAUCAUACGACUCCGACUUCAGCAGAAGUUUAAGCGGUUCGGUUUAAUAAAUGGCCUCAAAGCGCAUUUUGAAGGAGCUCAAGGAUCUGCAGAAGGAUCCGCCCUCAUCAUGUAGUGCUGGUCCCGUCGCCCAAGAUAUGUUCCAUUGGCAAGCUACUAUUAUGGGACCAUCAGAUAGCCCAUAUACUGGAGGAGUAUUUCUCGUGUCAAUCCACUUUCCACCUGAUUACCCUUUUAAGCCACCAAAGGUUGCAUUCAGAACUAAAGUCUUUCAUCCAAACAUCAACAGCAAUGGAAGUAUUUGCCUAGAUAUUCUUAAAGAGCAGUGGAGCCCAGCUUUAACCAUAUCCAAGGUUCUGUUGUCUAUCUGCUCUCUGCUGACAGAUCCAAAUCCAGAUGACCCCCUUGUACCAGAAAUAGCUCAAAUGUAUAAGAACGACAAGUCCAAAUAUGAGCUCACUGCUCGUAGCUGGACACAAAAGUAUGCUAUGGGAUAAGGCUGCUGCUAUUAUUGUUAAUCUGUUUUAUUUGAAAACUAGCAUUUCAAUAACUUCGGUGGUAUGAAUUUGUCUGUUUUUUAUUUCCUCAUUUGAGGCAACAACAAUCAAUGUUCAGUAAUCUUUAAGCUUUGGUGAAUACAAGUUUGGUACUGGUGAUAACGUGGGAAGUCUAACACUUGGUUUUUCAUGACACUUAUACCCCCCGUUGGAUCUCCUUAAUUAAAUUAUUGCCCUUCUGAAGUGAAACGAAAUAUGUGCCGAGUAAUAUUGGUAUUUGGUACUUGCUCUCUAUUCUUGAAUCAAAAGUCAUUCUUAAAUUUAUG